CAUGCUCGCGGCAGCCCGGCAAGCCAGGUAGGGGAACAUAGGAGACGUCUGUGCACUUUUAAGGUGCACAGACUCGCUGAGAGAACGCGUCGGGACCGGACUGCAGCAGCAGCAGUCAGCGUCGGGACUGUGGAGUAGGGUUGGGAUCGUGGGAAUCUCGCGGGACUAUGGAGUAUUGCGCGGGCAUUUGGAUUAACGUUAUGGGGAAUGGGUAGCAAUGACAGGUAAGUCAUGGCUGUCCGUCUGCUGAAAGAGGUGAAUGGAGCACCUGAUGCACAGAUUGGAACACACUUAAGGAGAGCAUAUCUGAAUGAACUAACUCUGGACUUUGACUGUACAGACAAAUACAUUCAGGGAACUAUAUUGCUGAAGUACCCGCCAAGUAAACUUGGGACAGGACAGAGUAUACUGAAGCUUGUGCUACAAGCACAUGCAACAGAUCAGUCAGCAACAGCAGCUGCUACCAUCAACACCUUUAUCUUUGGGAAGCUAGUGGAGAUGUGUACAGAUACUAUUCACCAAGGGGAUUCUGUGAUAUUUGUUGGUUUUACUGUGGACAAGUCUCCGACUGCUGAAAAGGAUGGAAGGCACAGGUGUCAACUGGAACUUUCUGAAGAAGUCGGAACAAUGAUAUAUGUAUAUGGCAAAUCUAGUUCUGUAGAGGGUGUUGCUGAACAGAUUACAGAAUCAAGGUCCACAGCAGUCAGACAGAAGUACACUUACACCCCUUUAAAUCAGCUCAAAAGUGGAAGCAUUGUCAAUGUUUAUGGGGUUGUUAAGUUUUUCAAACCUCCUUAUCGAACCAAGGGAACAGGCAUGUACUGUUUUUUGGUCUGGGAUGGGACAAAAUGCUCAUACCCUUCUUGGAGAGUAUUUGUGGAAGGCAGUGCCCUUGAAGGAGAUGAAGCUUUUAUCCAUAAGCUUUGUAAUCUCACAGUAGAUAUUCUAGUUUAUGACAACCACACACUGGAGACAAAAUGUCUGAAGCCAGGGAUGUUCUUGAGAAUUUACAAUCUGCAUGCAAAAUGUGGUUUGAGAACACCAGCAGAUGUCCAGUGUCUUGAAUUUUAUCUUCAUGGUGGUAAUUCUUAUGGACGUGGUAUUCGAGUUCUUCCUGAUGAAAGUUACGAUGUUACAGAACUAAAAAAACAUUUGGAUUCGGUGGAUCUGCAACAGUAUCAAGAUUUGGAGGGUAUUUCUUUGCUUGAGUGGGACAAUACCCUGACUGGCCCGUUAUCACAAGACAAGGUAUGCUUGAAUGUUUUGGACCGUUGUCAGCAGGAAUCUGCCACAGUAGUUACGUCUCAUCACCAUCUGAACAGUGUGCCACUCAGCACCGUUGUGAAAGAGAAGGCCCCUCAAAAGUACCGUAUCAGAGCCAAAAUGAAAUCCUACGAGCCACAAAAGCUAUAUCAGUCAAUUAAGCUGUAUUGCCCUAGAUGUCAUGCCCUGCAGGACAUUCCUAGUGAUGAAGAUCUUGAGACUGCAUUAAAGAAGUCUAUGGAUGGGCGUCACAGUACAGACUUCCAUAAUUCUUCUUGGUACUGGACUGCAUCUUGGAACACAGAACAACCAGACCACCGAGAAAUAGUAAUCCAUUUUGUAAAAAGGGAAGAAAUACAGGAAAAUUCAGGAAAAACAUUAAUUCUGAUAGAGAGAGUGAAUCUAGUUGAACUUCGCAGACUUUCAGAAAAAUUUGGCGGCAUCAUUCCAGUAAAAAGUUGUGAUCAGCUUUCCUUGGGGGACCUGUGUAUACCAUUUUUCAUUCAGGGAAGACACUGGCAUUAUGGAUGCAGGAACUGUUCCAUUCUUCAGAAUGUGAAUCACAUUCCUUCCUUAAAUCAAGAAGAAUUAUUAGAACCUUCAGCAAUUGCAGGUGUGUUAGGGAUCCAGCCCCUGCAGUACGCUUUUCUUAUGAAGUUUACACUGGAGGAUGAAUCUGCAGUCCUAGAGGCAUAUCUUUGGGAUGAGGCUGAAAAGUUCCUCCGAAUGCCUGCCUCAGACGUCAUAGCAGACCAUGCCCUUCAGGAGAAAUUACAGACGCUCAUGCGUAUGCUUUCUCCACCAGGAAGAAAUAUAGAAGAUCGUCCCUGGUUGGAGUGUUGUAUUAAGUCUUAUUGCAUAGAAGAAGGAGGUAAUCGAAGGGUUUGCUACCAGGUAUUUGAUACUAUCAUUGCUGAAGAUGACUGCUAGCUGACCAAGGAAGUCUACAAGCAUCUUGUAUGAUACAUUAUCUUGUUUCAUUUGUUCAUCGUGUUUAUGAACAGACCCGUACCAUUCUUGGCGGUUAUUAAUGGAGGAGAAAAGUUAAAAGAAGUAUUUUGUGUGGAAUAUUUAUUUUAAAUAUGGUGAAAGACUGAGAAUGUGAACAUAUAUUUAUUUUAUUGAUUAGUCAUUUUCAUAUUAAAAUAAUUUGUAUAAAA